AUGAGCGACAUGGCUCUGUUACAUCACUGGGCGACAGUCGCGGGUUGCAGUAUACUCAAUACGCACGAUCUCAAUCAUUUCUGGCAUUCAGUCAUACCAUCAAUUGGAUUCAAACAUCAACACGUAAUCCACAGCGUCCUCAGCAUCUCGGCUUUACACAUUGCCUACACAAAUCCUUCCGACAGGGGUCAUUUCUUACUCGUCGCGGGAGAACAUCGCAGCAAGGCGCUCGACGGAUUCACGGAAGACCUCCAGAAUAUUGGCCCUGCGAAUUGUAACGCUCUCUUUGCAAACGCAGCGUUGACUUUCCUUUACGCCUUUAUUUCUUUCAGCCAUAUGUUUGAAGAGGAACUCACUGACCCAAAACUUCGAACAAAUCGGACAUUGGGCGGUGAAUGGAUACCGCUUGUUCGUGGCACUGCCACUGUGCUGCAGUCUGUUUACCAAUACGUCCGAGAAGGAUCGCUCAGCUCCUUUCUUGAGCUUCACAAUUUCACUGAUCUGGAUCCCACGGACGACCUUCACGCUAGCACUUACAAUGAUCGCCUUGUGCGGACAAAAGAGAUCUGGGCCACAGAUGAGCACGCCGAGGUUUACAACGAAACGUUGCGUGCCUUACUGAAGUGCAGUGCGUGGAUGGCUCAGUUCCUCACAGUGCAAAACUCUAGUGAAGCGUCUUGGGGAUAUAAUAGAUUUUGUUCUGGGCCGUUCAUCUGGAUCUUCAAUGCCCCAGAAAAGUAUCUGGUUCUGUUGCAGCAGCGACAACCACCUGCUUUGAUAGUUUUCGCAUUUUACGGUGUCUUGCUUCAUCAGUUGAACGAUUUCUGGUGGGCGGAAGGCUGUGGAAGAAGCAUUAUCGGCACGGUCGAUGAGUGUUUGGGACCAUAUUGGAGUUCGUGGAUGGAUUGGCCGAGGCAAGCUGUGGGACUCCUUUGA